AUGGAGGGAUCACUACCUCCAUGGAAGGUGUUUGAAGCCGGCCAGAGAGCGCUCAACGAGAUCACCCCCGAGGCGGUCAUCACCAAUCUCGGGGUCUCGCACGAGGAGGCAGCCGAGCUUCAGGGAUACAUUAAGCGCCUCCUCGACGAAGAAAAAGCCGGGCGCAAGCCGUGCCCGCACUGCAGCAUCGAGCAGGUCCUGCUAGACCGGUACCGGGUGGACUGGAAGGGCCUGGAGAUUUGGGACAGAGCGCCCUUGCUAUUCAUCCAGGCGGCCUUGAAGAGGUGCAUCGAAGCAGUGGCCCAGGGAGAAAGCCUCGUAGCAUUCGCGAGACACUCUUCAACAAUCCGCGUCAAACAUGAUUCCUUUGGAUUAGCCCGCGUCAGAGAUAGUCCCACGAGUCAGCAGGCGCCACUGCAGCCAAGGAUACGCCAUGCUCGGGUGGAGGAGGGUGACGAUGAGGAAGUGUCGCAGCACUCACGAGGAAAGGAGCACAGCCCGGAGAAAGACCGCCCUCAGAGGCUAGUUACCCGUGAGGCGAACGACCCUUCAGCCACGAUAGCGACAUCAGUGCCAGUCCGCCAACCCAACUUUGCUUCUGAUCAGGUCGACCCACUGCUGUCCUCCACUGGCCACAAAAUCUCCCGGGUUCCACCAAACACACCGACUGGAACCCAGCCGCGUUCGAAUACCGCGAGACGGCCACAUUCUGCACCCGAGCUUUUCAGGCCUAGAGGGACCUGGGCAACACGGGAGUCUCAGCCUUCCCAGAGAAAAACCACAAGGGCCGGCAAAGGCACGAACGAGAACGCCAUCUCCCUCGACAACCUGCCGACGGAACCUGAAUGCUACCCCUCUCCCGUAACUGAUCCGCUGCCGACCGGUUCUUUCGGGGAACGAUUUAUCCGACACGAACGGGCUCGCGCGGGUUUGUCGUUCCCUGGAACCUACAACCACAGGGCCACGCGAUCACUCGGCAAUCCGCCGCGGACAUUCACGUUCACCCAGUCCGAGCCCGUUCGUGGCGUUUCCAACCACACGGACGACAACAGCUCGUCCGGCGCUACUACCGGGAGUGUGAGCCCCGGGCCCGAGCCCGAUGGCGAGCCAUACUUUGUCGGCGUGCGCGUCCGGCCCAGGUCCCACACCAGCGCCGUGGUCGAGACCAUCCAGCCGCCCUACCAAGCAGGCACUGGCACUGCCCGCGCGAGCGGCUCCCCACGCAGCCAGCGCGGGACAUCCCCAACCGUGCCAUCCCGCUACCCGCCGUCUGCGUCGAGAUCCACCCCUGUCCCCGGCACCGCCCCCGUACCCGGGCCGCCCCAGCGGACCUCGGCCGAAGCGAUCAGGGUUAGCCACGCACCACCGCCAACACGACCGAAAGCCCCCUCGACACUCGCAACACACAAACCACCCAUCACAGGACCGGACCAGCCAUCCCCAUUCCUUCCCUCCCGGGCACCCCAACCACCACUACCACCGCCAGCACAGCCCGCCGCUUACAGCGUAGUCCCGCCCAACCACGGCCACCGCACCAUCCAUCCCCAACACCAGAGCGACAACACGCGCCACUCGCCCAGCACCGGCACACACACCAGCAGCACUAGCGACACCGUGACGACCUACUACGCGGCGGUGAGCCACAUUAGCAGCAGAAGCAGCCGUAACAGCAACAAACCCACCAGUGGCAGCAACGGCGCACCGAGAUCGCGCUUCGCUGAGGCGCUCGACUCGGCCAACAACAACAUAAGACAGAGCAACGCCAUGGCAUAUGCACACGACAACGACGGAGAGAAGUGCGCUGUAGCAGCACGGGAGCAGCCGCGAAUGCAGCCACAGCCGCGGACACGGGUAGCGCCUGGGACGCGACUCCCUCCGCCCGGGACGCGGCAGAGAGGGCGCCAUGCUGCAGGAACUCCUCCGGAAUCCGCGGGCCGCGAGCGCAGGGGGUCGCUGUCGUGUCUGCGGAAGAUGGUGUGUGGGUGA